GGGCGUGGUAUCAACUAAAGGGGCGUGGUUUCAACUCCAGGGGCGUGGCAUCAGCUACGUUGCCUUCAGGAGGCGUCGGUACCGAGAGAACUAUGAUCUGUACUUUAUACACGGUGGCUUCACGUGACGUCAGUGAACAUGAUGACCGCUCGAGUUUAACAAGCUGGUUCUGAGUGAAUCACAGAGGCACGACAUGGAGACUCCUAAAGGCUCCUAAAGGCUCAUAAAGGCUCAUAAAGGCUCAUAAAGGCUCCUCAACACGUGAACCUUUUAUUGUUUAUCGUUUACGGGAAUCGAACACGUGACUUCCCUCAUGAAGGUCGUGAUCAGCGAGUCGUGUGUGGCGGUUCUGGUCAAUCAGUAAUGCCCUCAUGAAGAUGGAUAACUUCAUAAACAUGAAGGAGCCGCCGGGCCCCAGAGGGACUCGAGGUCACAUGACCCGUGGAAUGUGGAUUAAUGUGUUACAGGCAGAAGUUAUGAUGCUGGAGAUGAAAGUCUGCACCUUUAAUACGACUCAUGAACCAGCUGCUGCUCCCAGGGGCCUCACCUCUACGGGGCCUGGUGACUUCCCGGUGACUUCCUGGUGCCUUCCUGGUGACUUCCCGGUGGCACUGGAGAUGUGUGAACGUUAUAUAUUUCAAUGUGAGUCUCUGAGGACGUUGAUGUCGUUCCAGAGCGUCACGUGAGGCUACCACCGGGAACAGAGCGUCGCGUCUCCAUAGCAACGCAGCAUCGCGAUGCUGCAAGCUACAUGUCUCCAUAGCAACGCUGGAUAGCGACGUGUAUCCAUAGCGACGCGUCUCCAUAGCAACGCAGCAGAGCAACAUGUCUCCGCCCUCCGUCCAGGUCUCGAGUUGAUUCAGGCCCGUGAGGAAUGCAGCUCUUAUCUCAGAGCUGAAGGUCACAAGUCCCUGCAGCCCUCCGGUAGUUUCCGUGUCGAGAUGUCGUGGACGGCCGUGUUGCUGCUCGCCGGCCUCUCGUGUGCGUGGGCUCAGCCGCUGUGCUCGCCAGGUUCAACUGACGGCUACAAAGUCCGACUCAGCAUCAAAUCCGCUCUGGGAGAUCAAGCUUACGUCUGGAAUAAAAAUGAAAUGUUCCUCUUCCGAGCCACUCUGGCCUUCGCCAUGAGGACGCACUCCGACGGCCUGGAAUACGACGUGGCCAACGUGGUCGUGUGUGACGAGACGCCGCGGGUGUCCUUCUGGUUCGUGGUGACGUCGCCGCUCAACGCCACGCAGCUCGUCGACAAGCGUCAGGUGGAGGAGGCGGUGAGAAAGUCCAGGGGCCGCAUCAACAGCGCCUUCCUGCUGAGCGAUGACACCCUGGAGUUCAUCGGCAUCCUGCCCACCCUGGAGGCGCCGGCGGUCCCGGCCACGGCGCCGUGGCUCAUCGCCUUCGGGGUGGUGAUGGGCGCCGUGUGCGCCAGCAUCGUGGUCGUGCUCGUGUCCUCUGUGGUGCAAAAGAAACGCAAAAACAAACAGAAGCAUGACGGCGAGGAGAAGACGGUGGAAAACGAAGCCGCAAGAGACGGCGUUUACAACCUGUCGUUCUCCGACGAGGAGCCGGUGACCCAGAUGUAGAACUAUAGAUAGAUCAAUAUUCCUUAGUUUGGCUCUCCGAAGGCGGUCGCAUUUCCCCCUCCCUCUCCUCCCCAGGACCUUCCCUGCUUGGCUCCUAUCGUCUUGUCUUGUCUUAUACUUGAGGGACUCUCUCCUCAUCGCUCUUUGAACUAAAAACCAUGGACCUGAUCAACUGGUCUCUCAACGCAAUUGACACCGUCUUCUGGACGAGGAGCUCGGGUUCGGGGGAACCUGCCCGUCCUGCCGGGCCGUUGGCAGCUGGUUCCACGAUGGACGCGUGGGAGCGUCGGCGUGUCUUGUGCCUAGCGGCCCUUUCCGUGGAGGACGUAGAAGACAUCUACCUAUUCGGAACUAUGAUUACAGGAUUUCUGCUGUUUGGAUUUGGCGCUGCCCUGGCUUAUCGGAAAAUGAAGGAAACGGUGACAGCCGUUAAAAGCCCCCUAAGGCUGCCCGACAUGAGGGAUGCUCUGGGUAGAGUUGUUGGCACUCAGACUGUGGCAUUGAACCGCCAGAAUGACAACAUCGUGGAGAAGCUGACGGCUCUGCAAAUGAAUUGGAUCGAUUUGAAAUCCUAUUGGCAAACGGGAGGAAAAUGGAGGGAUAGUAGUUGCGCAAAUUGAAUGCAGCAACUGGAAGACCCAACAAUCCCAAUCUGAUCUGCUUUCGGCUCCCUCAACCAGAACGGGCUUUGGCCAAGGCCGUGACUGGAACAACAACUCCCCCGAAGAUCACUGAAGUGAGAAUCUCUCUCUUUCCCUUCCCCCGAUCCACAGACACCUGUGGUUGUUGUCUCCCCAGGACCUUCCAAGGCUAUCUCCAUGGCAACGACCAUCUUGCGGACUGAGAACUCUGUCCGUUGUGGCCUGGGGGAGGACGACAUACCAGGCCACUCACACACAAACUUUCAACACACUGAUCUGCAUUCACUACCCCCCCCCCCCCAUCCCACGCCUUCGCCUGCUUCGUCCCCCCAGUGUGACAGGACGGGGUCUGUGACUGGCGCCGUGAUGGCUGCCGGACCGGCUGGCUGCUUGUCUGUGCUGGUUACCUUCUGCCCCCACUGGCUGGGCUUAGAUCACCCAGUCUUUGGCUUACCUCCCCCCCCCCUCCUCCAUGUUGCAAGUCAUGUUUAAAAUGUAUGUGCUUAUGUGCUCUCUCUCCUCAUGUUAUGCUGUAAUCUUCAUCCUUUCUUGCCAUUUCGUUGCCUCUGUACCUGUACUCUAGCAAUGACAAUAAAUUGAAUCCAAUCCAAUCCAAUUUAUAAAAUAAAUAAAAAAUUAUAUAUAUAUAUUUAUAUGUAUAAUAUAUAUAAAUAUAUAUAUAUAUAUAAAAAUACAUUAAAAUACAAAUAUAUAUAAAUAUUUAAAACAUAUAUAUACAUAUAUAUGUAUAUAUAUAUAUAUAAAUAUACAUGUCGUGUGUCGUGUGUAGUCGUGUGUCGUGUGUAGUGUGUUAACUCGGCUGUCUAUAAAAUCAAAUGUCUGUUAUAAAUAAAAAUGCAUUGAGGAAUUAAAAGUGGUCAAAUUAGUAAUAGAAAGAAAUUGUGUCAAAUAUAAAGUUUAGUAAAUUGAUAAAAAUGUAAAUAUAUUAAGACUAUUCUCUCAUAAUGUGGAUUAUGUUUGAACGUGAGCAGAAAGACACUAAUAACGAUGUUCAUAAAUGAAUAAAGAUUCUUUUAAAUGAUCAUUGAAGUGAUGAGGAGCCACGUGCACUUUAAAGAGCCACGUGCACAUUUAAAGAGCCACGUGCACUUUAAAGAGCCACGUGCACAUUUAAAGAGCCACGUGCACAUUUAAAGAGGUUAAAGACACUAAAGAGGGAAGAGAGAGACGAUAUUAAACGAGAAGAAUUACUCGACAGGAGAAUAAAUAUUAAAAACAAAACAUAAUAAUUUUAUUUAAUGUUGUUCUAAGAAACAACUCAAGUCUGAUUCUUGAUGUUAAAUCAUGUUGUUAUACUAUAUUAUAUAUAUUAUUAUGUGAAACUAUUACUGAUAGUUCAGCUGCUGUACCUCCAUGCAGUGCGCAGGCUGGCCGCCAGGUGGCAGCACAGCACCGCGCGAGAAAGAGGAAGAAGAAGAAUUUUGUCAACCCGCUGAUGACUAUAUAUACAGGACUGUCUCAGAAAAUUAGAAUAUUGUGAUGAAGUUCUUUAUUUUCUGUAAUGCAAUUAAAAAAACAAAAAUGUCA